AUGGCGGUAGCACUCGCUGCAUUGGAUGUGACAUAGAGAGAGAGAGAGAGAGAGGAAUGGAAGAUUCAGGAGCGAUUCUCGCUCACAUUUCAUCUUUGAAGGAAAUGCUCGACCAGGUUAACGAAGAAAUCGAGACUAAUAUUCAAAUUACGCGAGAGAUCGAGUCGAGCAUCGUUAGAUGCGAGGAGAUCGAGAGCGAUUUGGCAACCAGGGAAUCCGAGUUGAUCAAGACGAGUGGCAUGUUGAAGUUCGAUACGGUUGGAUACGUCACCGUCGCUGCUGAUUUCAGGGCUUCAGUGAGUUCCUUGGAGGAGGAGUUAUGUUGUCUUAAAAUGAAACGGGAUGAGAUCGUUAAUAGAAUGGAUGAAAAACGGGAAAAUUUUACAGCACUAUGCCUAGAAUUUCAGAGAGAAAUUGACAAGAGAGAAAAAUGUGAAGUGAGGACUUUGCUGUCUGAGAAAGAUUCCCUUGAAAAUGAAAUUCAACUUUUGGAUAAGAAAAACAAUGUUUUGAAAAAUUCAGUAUUGGCAUUUGUGGAAGAAAUUCUUGAAGAUCUUCAGAGUUCAAACUCGGGUAAUGUUGUUUUUUACAAGUCCUAUGAAUUUGCUAUAUUACUAUUGACAUCGGACUUCAAUAGGGAAUAUGAGCUUUGCGGUGAUGCAGCUUUUCUCGUUUGGAUGGAUACAGUUGGCGCCUCAGGAUUACGCUGCCUCACAUGUGGCUACUUGCCAGAGGCGUUGGUCAAACUACAGACUUCAUAUGCUUAUAGAUUUUGA